AUGACGUCAGAGGCACAGCCGUUGACCUCGAUUGAAGAGCCGUCCCUUCGCUCUGGUCUGCUCGGGAGUGCAGCUGCGUCCCAUACUGAACUCUCCCUGCGCACUCGCGGCGACCUCGAGGAGCGAGAUGGGCACCACGUUACGGUGAAGGACGGGGCAGGCUCCGCGAAGUACUCUUUGCCUUCGUUUGGAGCCAUGAGCCGUAAACAGGGAGAGAUGCCCCAGUACAGUAGACGACGUGACCAGAGUGAUGCUACGGUGAUUACUGAUUCCUCAAAAGUCAGCAAAGUGACUGUGGCUAUAGCUGAAGCAGUGCCGCGGAUAGCCCAGGAGCAGACGUCCGCCGCCGAGGCAUACGAGGGUCGCUGGUCGAAAGAGCUGCAGCAGAGCACCGCAACAGAGGACGAGCUGCGUCAACUCUACCAACAGCUCGAAAAGGAGCUGGUGGGGACGCGGCGUGCCGUGAACAUCGCCGAGGCGAGGCACAAGCGUGAGUUAGACUUGCUGAAGCAGCAGCUCGAGCAGGAGCGAACAGAACGGGUGAAGGCGGAGCAGGACCGAGAAGACCUCCUGGACCAGGCGAGGAUGAGCCCCCUCUUCACUCCACGCACGGGUGACACUUCACUCGGCGCAGAGCAGGGUAGCGACAGCAGGGGAGGCAGAAGCCGCUGUAUCUCGCCCAGCAAUGCGCACUUGAGCGACGUCUUCUAUGACAAGCUGAAGGAGAGGGAGGAGCGGGCACGUGCGCGGGUGCGCAAGGAGUUUGUGCGUCAGGCACAGGAGAACCUCUACGCAGAGCAGCGCAAGCGUGCCGACGCCGAGAAAGAGACGGAGAUGGCUCUGAAGCGGGUAAGUAAGGCGGAGGACGAUAUAAGUAAACUGCAAGAGGCACUGCAGGAAGCGACCAGUGUCGUGGAGGCGAAGGAUGUGCAGCUGCACGAACGUGCCAUCCAUGUUCAGGAGUUGGAAGCGCAAGUUCUUCUUCUCGAGCAUCAGCUUGCAGCUAGCGAGGACGCGAGGCGGCUGUCCACUGAGCUUGCGACGAAGAACCUCGAAGAGGCGAAGGCUUUGGCAGAUCAGCGGCAGGUAGAGCUGGAGACGCAGCGGCAGUUUGUCUAUCAGCUGCAGGAGAAAAUAGGGCUCACCACUCGCGAUCUUUUUGACAGAGAAAACGACCAAGAGGGCGUACUGCGCACCGUGCAUGAGCUGCGGACACGCUGUCGUCACCUUGAAGAGGAGUUCGCGGCAGAGGUGCAGGAAGCGACGACGCUCCUGGAGCAGAAGCAAAAGCGCGCUGAAGACGAGGCAGCGCUUUUACGAGGACGCAACGAUGAGCUGAAGCAGCGCUGUGCAGCCAUGGGUGCGGAGCUGUCGGAGAUGAGCACUCGACUGGAGCACAAGAGCAACGAGGUGACACAGCUGCGCGCACGCAACGAAAAGGACCUCAGUGAGUGCCACAUCGAGAUCCGUAGUCUUCAGCUGCAGCUGGAGCGUCUCACAGAGGGUGCGCAGUGGCGCUCAUCGGAGAGUGUUACGGCGAAAGAGAUUGAGCGGCAGGAGCACGCGGCUCUUGUCCGGCAGUACGCGGCCGAGGCACGAGCUGUGCAGGAGGAGCUCGACCGCUUAAAGGCCCAGUUUCACCGCGAAAAUGAGAAGCACUUGUCUGUUGUGCUCGAUCUGUCGAAGCAAAUCACUGCACUGAAGCAGGAAAACACACGGCUAGAGCACGCGGUCAACAUUCGCGAGCACGAUAGCAUCGACGCGGCGCGUCUACUGGGCCACGCACGGCAGGAGCUGUCGCAGCUUCGAGAGGAGUGUCGCCGGAUGAGCGUGUCUCAAGUAAACCCCCGCGAAGGUAGCCGGUCGAGAAGCCCCGUGGGCAGUUACGACGUUGUACUGCGCCGCAUCGCGGAACUCGAGAAUGAGCAGAAGGACUUGACGGAAAGGCUUUACGUCGCCAAUCGCACUGCGCAGCAGCCGAAGAAGGGACGCGCUCUAGUCGGCCGUCAACACCACCACCGAUCGCAUCGUGAAUUUUCCGUUCCGCCGACGGACUCCUUCUUGCAGAUGUCGGAUGACGAGGGAGAGAGGCGCUGGGUGGUUGAUGAAAUCGUGGAGAAUGCGCCGCGAGGUUUGGCGGCCGGCUCGCUUAUAUCGGCUUCUAGCAGACAUAGGGAAGCCACGACAGCGCUGGCGGAUCUUUUAGAGUCGAUGGUGGAGAAGCUUCAGUGGAUUGCUCACAAUACCGAACAACAAGAAGCUCCAUCGGCUCAGCGCAACUCACCUAUCGCACCGCCGACACUUCAGGAGAGGCGGAUGCGGCAAUCUAUUCAGCCAGAAGAGCGCGAGGCUAUCAACUGUGUGGUGGCAAGCUGCAUGGCGGCGCUGGAAUGUUUCCACCUCAGGCGCACCUCCUCACCCUUCUACCCUUCUUUCUUUGACGAUGGAGCAGAGAGGACGUCGAAUGAGGCCGCCGCCGCCGCAGCGGCUCAGCGAGAGGGGAGGUCUUCUGAGUGCGAUGCAGCACCACUAUCUUUAGUGACUUCUUUCGUUGGGGAUGGUGAUCGAGUCGCGGCUCGCACCCGGUCCUCCCCCCCGGCAGCAGAUCGGCGGUCGCCGCAUGUGCAAAACCACCAUGGUGUGCUGCAGGACAUCACGCGGAUGGAGCAGGGUCGAGAGCACUCUCCUCAGAUACGACUGGAGAGGUCGAAGCGGAACUCCCAGCGCUCCUGCUCCUCCGCCGCAGCUGAUUGGUGGCCGCAACAUGUGCGAAACCAUCGUGGUUUGGUGCACCACACCACAAGAACGGAACGGCCCCGCGAUCACUCCCCUCAGGAACCGCUGGGGAGACCGAGGCGGAGCUUCCAGUGCCCGCGGUCCGCUGCCAGCUGCAACGAGGAUAUCUUAGCAUACUUUAGCCACACGUCUGCGACCACUCCGCAUCCAGUCACCGAAAGAGCAGCGUGUAGGGACACUGCAGUGAGUGUUUUGCAGCAUGAGAAGCGAGAAUGGAGCUCAUCGGGAAAGCGUGAUGCUGACAAUCCGGGUACUGCCCAGUGCAUCCAGCUACGCAUCCGAGCAUCUGUGAGCGAGGGAAGCCGAGAGGAGCUUCAAUCCGAGCCGUGCUGGGAAGGAGAGGAGCAUAUGGCGGCGAUUGAGCGAGGUGAGCAGUUCGCUUUCCCCAUUUUGCGGAACCGCUCAGCUGGAGAUACUUUCACCACCGAAGCUCCUCCUGCUCGUCCGCGUCGCAUCCGGGCUGCAUCAAAAAGUCACAGAGCUUCUGGCGGGAUGGUGGUGGCGCCACUCACGAAGGCCGACUCGAGCGCGUAG